UCCCCCGCGGCUGCUGCUGCGCUACACUGUACGCCGCGUCGCUGUUCAGCGGUUCGCUUCGUGAUAAAUGCGCGCUGUUUUACAGUUGUCAACAAUUGUACUGAACGUAUAUGUGCUAGCUUUGGUUUAAGACGUUAUUUACCGUUAAAACGAAUAGUUUGUACUGGUGUUCGGCGUGUUUUAGAGUUGUUAGCUGAUUAGCUCUUUAAAGAUGGCUGAUCCGUGGAAUCGAGGACAUGGUGCUGUGGAUGACAUGCUAGACGCUGAAAACAGGCUGAUGGCAGAAAAUCUGGCCGGUAAAGUCUCUAGACUCAAAUCUCUGGCGUAUGACAUUGACAAAGAGGCUGAGGACCAGAAUAGCUACUUGGAUGGCAUGGACUCUAAUUUUCUCAGUGCAACUGGCCUGCUGACUGGAAGCGUGAAGAGGUUUUCCACAAUGGUACGAUCCGGCCGAGACAACAGAAAGAUCUUGUGUUACGUGUCUGCCGGUUUGGUUGUGGCCUUCUUCCUGCUGUACUAUCUAGCGUCACGGAUCCAGAACUAAUGGGUGGUUUGCUGAUAUUUUAGAACCGGUUUCUCAGUUCUAUGAGAAUUUUUGGAUGCUCUGUUUGAUCCUUUUUACGAGGUAAAAAGU